AGACGCUUGGCACCGGUGGUUGCUCCUGCAUUAGAGCCUUGCUGGACCAUCCACUUGCCGGCUGAUCAAGAUCAACACUAGCACCGCGAGUGCCUCCGAUCCUCGAGCACAGCAGCAGAUCGACUGCAUCGAACCAUGGGUGGAGUCAGGAAACAGGUAUUCGCCGAGGACGGCCCCAAGCAUAUGAUGAGGUCUGGAUCAACUGGCAUCGAGGUUGACUGGGACACGGAGGAGCACCGCCGGUGCGUCACCGCGUGCCUUGUCAAAGGCACCUACGUGAUGGAGCACGACCGGAGUCCGGACCACGAGGCAGGAGAACUCGCGCAGGCCGCUGGCGCCGGCGUGGUGGGAGAGCUUCAACUUCCGGCGCCGGCGCGACUACGAGCUCGAGUUCGCGUGCGAGUGCGUCGUCUGCAAGACCUGGCAGCACGUCUCCGGAGCCAGGGGCAGGUGGUUCAUCUACGGAGCCGUCUUCCAGUACGCGCCGCCGGGUGGGGAGGCGGGGGAGCCCCGCCGCCACCCGUCGGCUCCGAGCUUCAUCAUCGCCUUCCGCGGCACCAUGCCACGGGACCCCACGAUCUUCCAUGACAUGCGUAACAACCUCAGCAUCCUGGUCAACAGGCAGCACCUGUGCGGACGCUUCGUCCCCGCACGCGCCAAGGUCGGGGAACUCCUGCGGAGCCUGCCCGUCAAUGGCGACGGCGGCGGCAGCUCCUCCGCGGUCGUUUGGCUCGCCGGCCACUCGCUUGGCGCGUCGAUCGCGCUGGACGUGGGGCGAGACCUGAUGAGCACAUGGGGGCUCAACCUGCCGACCUUCCUGUUCAACCCGCCGCACGUGUCGCUGGCUCCGGUGAUCGGGGAAGACGCGAGGAGGGACGUGUACACCAUGGGCUACAUGGGCAAGUACCUGCUGGGCUGGGCUCUGCAGCGGCACAGGGACCACAUGGACGAGCUGUUCCGGGAGUUGAGCCCGUGGGUGCCCAACCUGUACGUGCACCCGGACGACCCCAUCUGCAAGGGCUUCAUCGACUACUUCGAGCAGCGGGAGCGGAUGCAGCAGCGCCACCCCCGCCUGGCUUCGGCCGCGUCGCUGUCGUACCGCGACAUGGUGCGCUCGUUGUUCGGCAAGCAGGGCGAGCGGCCGCACCUCAUACCGUCGGCGAUGGUGUGGGAGAACCGGAGCCGGCACGGCGACGGGCACGGGCUCUGGCAGUGGUGGGAGCCCGAAGGCUCGGAGAAGCUGAUGCUGAGCCCCAAGCGAUACACCUGGCCAUGAUUGUAGAUAAGCAUGAUUUCUUGUGUGCUUGUUCGAGCUGCAAUCUAGUAUUUGGUUCAGCGGGUGUACGUUUGUAACUUCAGUAGUUUUGGUAUGCUUUACGAAUUUUCAUGGAUUUGUGGUUCAAGAGGACGUACGGCCGCCUGUUACGUUAUUUGAGAAGGUUAAUAAAAUGUACUUGCAUGCCCUGGCCUCACCGUAGUA